CCAUGUUAAGUGUCUUAUCUUUCAAAAAAUUGAAAAUUUCUUCUUUGAUUGCUAUACAGAGGAGACACUGAUAUCCGGUUUAGUUAUCAUGUGUUUUGCUUGAUCUGUAUUCAUGUUUUGAUUAUAAUUGUUGAGGAACUUAUAUUCCUUUUUCUUUUUUACAUGAUCCACUUAUGUUGAACAAUCAUGUUUCAGUUCCCAGUCAACUUAAAGCCGGUUUGCUGGUAAAGGUUGUUUUUCAGGGAAGCUAGCUACUAUUUUGUUUUCUUGUGCGUGUUAAGGGGGUGUAUUCAUGAUAAAUUUUAAGGGUCUCUGGCAUUAUUGUUGAAGCUGCAUCUCGUUACGAACUCUCAAUUUAUCUGGUUCUUCAUUGGUUAACUCAUCGGUUAACGUUCUGGGAAAGUACCAGAGCUUCUAAAAGUAAAUUAGAUUUUGUCUUUUUAGAAUGAUGCACAAGAAGAAUAUCAAACGCUAAUAAAAAUGUGCCUUUAGUUUUUAAUCAUUAGGCAUUUGCUUAUGGGUCCUUCACAGUAAGAGGAUUUUGCGAAGUAAAAUUCUAUUUGUUUAUUUUUGGAUGUUGUUGGAUUGAUUGAUCACAUAAAAAGUUCUAGCAAUCUUGAUUUUGGUUUUCAAAUUGAUAUCCAUUACGUCUUGCUUAUGGCUUUACAUUGUAAUGCUGUUGUGGAUUUUUGAAUCCUUUACCAGUUUGUCCCUACUUCAUCCUCAGUGGAUUCUUUGUGGAGCUUUGCAAGUUUCCCCGCUUAUUAAUUAAGUUUACCAAACUAAUUUGAAUUUUGAUUUGUAUGUACGCUUAAUUAACAAGUUCUUCCCCAGUGCUUUAUUUUUCUCCUUGAAUGGUAUCUCUUUUCUAUAAGUAGAACCAGAUAUCAUAUAUUAGAACUUCAAAAAUAUACAAAUUCUUUAUGGUAUAAUCAGUUGUUUCACUUGUAUGUAUUUUUCCAUAGACCAAAAGUUCAAGCCUAACUUACAAAUGUUGAAAGGAUUUAUUGACAAAUUUCUCGUGAUCAAUUCUAGGAAUACAUAUCCUGUAUAUCUCUGUGGAGCUUUAAGUGCUACAUUCUUUCUUUGACUAUUAGGGCAUAAAAUUUCCAUCAUUUACUCCUAUUCAUGUUAUGUUGACAACGCAACCGAGAUUUACUUUUAUGCCGUUUUAGAAUAAGCUUAACAUUCUAUCCUUGGAUGUCAGUGUCUUUCAAUGCUAACUGCUGCUUCUAUGCACAGAAGAUGUUUUAGAAUAAAGAAGAGCGAUGGCAGUAGCAGAAGCGAGGGCUGUUUGGCAAAGAACAGCUAACCGUUGUUUUGUCCAAGAAGAUGCCAAAAGAGCUCCCAAGUUAGCUUGCUGCCAAUCAUCAUCUUCAUCAUCAAAACAGGUUGAUGGCGGACCAACAAAUGCAGCAGACAUGCCAGAAAAUCCUGCUGUAAGUUUCAUGCCUUUCCACAGGAGCUCCUCGUAUUCCAACCUAUCACCUGAUACAAGAUGGUGGCUUCAGCUGCAACCUAGCUAUGGGUACCAAAAAGGUUUAACAUAUGAACAGUUAAAUGCCUUGAAGGCUGAGAUGGAAAGCGUGAGAACUGAUAUUGUAAAUACACCCUCAAAAUUUGAUGAUGUUCCUCCACAUGAUGACAGACGUGGUGCCUGUUUAAAUGGCAACAUGAAUAGUGAGUCCUCCUCUGAUCCAUAUUGUAGGAUCUCUACGAACAGAAUCGUUAAAGAUCCUGAAACGAAGAAUCAAGAGGCAAAUACUCUAUACAAUAUGAAUGACCAAGAAUUUAUUGAAUUUAAGGACACAAGAGAAAAAUGGAUGGAUAUAGAUCCAAUUGAAUUUUUCCAACCCCAAAAGAGCAAUGAGUAUGGUUUUGAUCCAGAAUCACCUUGGCUUGGGGGUGAGAAGAAUGUGCCAUGGUGGCGUACAACAGAUAAAGAUGAAUUGGCCUCUUUGGUUGCACAGAAGUCUCUUGACUAUAUCGAGAAUUGUGACCUUCCCCCACCGCAAAAGCUGAAUGUUAGGAGAUACCCAUGUGGCCGUCCUGUAUCUUCUGAUCAGGUGCAUGACCGUCCCAAUUAUGAAACUAUGCACGGAAGACAGAGGACUGCAAUUAAAGGGCAGUUACAAAGCAGUUCUGAGAAGCCAUUCAGCUAUAUUGCGUCCCAUAAAGAUACAAGAGAAAGUGGACAACUUCAUGAGGGUGAUCCGUCAAAGGCUCAGCUCAUGGAAGCACUUCGUCAUUCUCAAACACGAGCCAGGGAAGCUGAGAAGGUGGCAAGGCAGGCCUGUGCCGAAAAGGAACACAUAAUUAAGCUGUUCUUUAGACAAGCCUCGCAGCUUUUUGCCUAUAAGCAGUGGUUCCAAAUGCUGCAGCUUGAAACCCUUUAUUACCAGGUGAAGAAUGGUGACCAGCCGAUGUCCACUCUGUUCCCAGUAGUUCUUCCAUGGAUGCCUCUCAAGGGCAGGAAACAUCGAAAGAGCUGGCAGAAGUCCCCAAGGAGCAAAAGAGGCAAGCAUUGCCGACCAAGUCAUGACAUUAGCAAGUAUGCUGUUGCAUUUGCGCUGGGAUUGAGUCUUGUUGGUGCUGGCUUGCUGCUGGGAUGGACAGUAGGGUGGAUGUUGCCUUUAUGAUUUUCAGCGAAAUUUCCUUGCAAUUUAUUUGAGGGAAAAUGGUUGGUACAUUUAUUUCCUUUUGUACUUUUUUAAAUGUGAGUUUUUUGUGUAUAUUCUGCUUUGUUUGUGUAGCUUGUGUACAAAUGAGGGGGGGGGGGGGGGGGGGGGGGAGGAUCAUGUAAAUACUAAAUAUGGUGGGGUAGAUGUUCUACCACUGGAAAAUCUCUUCAAAUGUUCCUUUCCAUGAUCUGUAUAUUUGAUUUAAUCUUAGUUUCAGUAUCUAUGGUGGAAAUCCUUCAGUUGUUGUAGCUUUGGAAAAUUGACCCACACUUCAGGCAUUAAGCCUUUUUACUGAAGUUUUGUCAUAUCCCUGUUCUUAAUUAGAUCCGAUCACGUUGUAUUGAGUUUGAAUAGGAAUUUAACUGUUCUCAAAACAGGGUUGAUUAAAAUUGGUCUCGAAUUGGGAUCUGAACUGGUGGAUUUGGUGUUUUUUUUUUUUUUUCUCUUUUUAAUAACUCAAAUUUAAUAAAACAGCACAUACUUCUAUAAAUAAAUAAAAAAAAAUUGUACUCAAUUCGGUUGUAAGUUUAGUUCGAUUAUAAUGAUGAUUUCAGGUUAACCAAAUGAUGUAGAGAUUUUCUUUUUUCUUUUUUUAGCUGAUAUUUAGGGGCCGAAUGAUGGAUUAUGAAAAUUAUGUCUCGUAAAUUUUGGCUAAUUACUGUCCUACCAGCUAUUAAGAUAGGUAUAAUUGCCGAACGGGCCUUAUAUCUGGCAUUGGUCACGUGAGUCGCGUGUUUUUUAUUAUUUUUAAAAAAUAUUAAAAUUUUGCAAUAAUAAUAGUUUAUUGUUUUUGUAUGUUUAUUGUUUAAUUAACGAACUGGACUGGGCUGCAUAAGGCAUAAGCCAUCUAAAAAAUCCAAAUCCAACCGUGCCUCCUGUAGUAGUUUGGGCCAGAUCGGGCCCAACUUCUUUAGAGAGGCGGUGCUGAAGGAGGAGCACUCGGUCGUCGGAUCCUCUAAAGAUCCAUCCGAAGACCUUCACCAGAAAUUUGGAGAAGAAAAAGACUGCAGAAAAAACGAUGGCGGUGAUGGAAAAGCUGAAGAUUUUCGUAGUGCAAGAGCCUGUGGUUGCAGCUUCUUGCCUUAUCGCUGGUGUUGGUGGUUGCAGGAGUCCGUAAAAAGCAGGCAUAAAUUGACUCAUUGAAGCAAGUAGCGGAAUCUCCCAACUCAUCAGUUUUAUUCGUUUUCUUUUCCUCUAUCAUGAGCAGCAUAAAAUAAGAUUAUCCUUAAUUGAUGAACACCGAGACUGAGAAGUAUUGCGCAUUGAACAUCAUCCAAGUGUAUGCAUAUUUUCUUGUACUGCUUGAUUAAACACUUUUAGAUAAUUGACGCUUUUACUUCC